UUGGGUACGGAGGCAGUCACCCAAGAGCGGGUCCGGGAUAUUGGUCAGCAGGGAGGGCGAAUCGUUGUGCCUGCAAACCACAGGGUUUCGGAGGGUGGUGGAAGAAACCCUAAAUUCCCUCCCAGUGAAGAGAGAGUGAGUUUUAGAGAGGAAACAAUGGCUUCAAACAGCAUAUUUGAGUCACUUCCUUCUUACCAGCACUUCUUGAGAGAUACCAGCACCAGCCGCCGCUUCACGCCGCCCUCCACCGCGCUGAGCCCGGGGAAGAUGAGCGAGCCGCUGGCGCUGCCCGGCGCCGAGCACAGCGGGGCUUUGCCGGGGAAGCUGCGCGGAACCGACCGCAGCAUGGUGGAGGUCCUGGCGGAUCACCCCGGGGAGCUGGUGCGCACCGACAGCCCCAACUUCCUCUGCUCCGUGCUGCCCACGCACUGGCGCUGCAACAAGACGCUGCCCAUCGCCUUCAAGGUGGUGGCCCUGGGGGAUGUCCCCGACGGGACCCUGGUGACGGUGAUGGCCGGGAAUGACGAGAAUUACUCGGCGGAGCUGCGCAACGCCACGGCCGCCAUGAAGAACCAGGUGGCGCGCUUCAACGACCUGCGCUUCGUGGGCAGGAGCGGCAGAGGACAUCGUCAGAAAAUAGAUGAGCAGACAAAGCCUGGCAGCUUGUCCUUUUCUGAGCGCCUGAGCGAGCUGGAGCAGUUGCGUCGCACGGCCAUGAGGGUCAGCCCACACCACCCAGCCCCCACACCCAACCCUCGAGCCUCCUUGAACCACAGCACAGCUUUUAACCCUCAGCCUCAGAGUCAGAUUCAGGACUCCCGGCAGGUGCAGCCCUCGCCGCCCUGGUCCUAUGACCAGUCCUACCAGUACCUGGGCUCCAUGGCCACGCCCGCCGUGCACCCGGCCACGCCCAUCUCACCGGGCCGGGCCGGCGGCAUCACCUCGCUCACGGCAGAGCUCUCCAGCCGCCUCUCGGGAGCGUCGGAGCUGACGGCGUUCAGCGACCCCCGGGUGGGCAUCGAGCGCUCCUUCCCGGCGCUGCCGUCCAUCUCCGACCCGCGCAUGCACUACCCGGGCGCCUUCACCUACACGCCCACGCCCGUCAGCUCCGCCAUCGGCAUCGGCAUGUCGGCCAUGUCCACGGCCUCCAGGUACCACACGUACCUCCCGCCGCCCUACCCCGGCUCCUCCCAGGCCCAGGGCGGCCCCUUCCAGACCGGCUCCCCCUCGUACCACCUGUACUACGGCACCUCGGCCGGCUCCUACCAGUUCUCCAUGAUCUCGGGCGGGGAGCGCUCGCCGCCGCGCAUCCACCCGCCCUGCACCAACGCCUCCACGGGCUCCGCGCUGCUCAACCCCAGCCUGCCCAACCAGAGCGACGUGGUGGAGGCCGAAGGCAGCCACAGCAACUCGCCCACCAACAUGGCCAGCACGGCCAGGCUGGAGGAGGCCGUGUGGAGGCCCUACUGAGGAUGAGGAGGUCAGGAAGGAGCUCGAGGGUCAGGACUUCACGCGCUUCCCGUUGCCCGGCGCCCGGAGGGAUCCCAGAAACUUCCCCGCGGGCCCUGCCGCGUCCAUCCACGAGUUUCAGGAGCAAACCCUCGGGAAGUCAGCGCUCCCAGGGGUGGUGGCUCUCGUUGCCAGGCCCUGGCAAAGGAUUCCCGGCAGGAGAACGAGCUCCUGGGAAGGAGGAGGCCCCAGUUGGUGGUGCAGAGGUAGCGAGGGUGGAUAGAAGGGUAUCCAGCCUGAUUCCAGGCCUGUGGCUUCCCAACGUGCCUGGGCUUGAAGGUCUCCACAGCCCUAAAAGAGAAUUUCGGUUCGCUUCUAUUUUUAAGACUUAAAACCUUAAAAAAAAAAAUCCAAAAAACAAAGAUAAAUCUUAGUGAGUUUACUGCAUCUUAGGGACAUCUUAAGUGUAAGGAAGUAUAGGAAGAUUCCCAGAGGGAAACUGUGAACGCUUCUGUUUUCGCAAUGCUGUGAAUGAGAGGUUUUAUAUGUUGGACUUCAUUCUUUCUUUUCUUUGUUUUGUUUGUAUAUUCCAAAGAAUAUGGAGGUUUUUUAUUACUGGUUUUUUUUUGUUUUGUUUUAUUUUGUUUUGGGUUUAGGUUUUUUGGUGUUUUUUGGUUUUGUUUUGUUUUCUUAUUUUAGGAUGCAGCUCAUCCUGCUUUGCAUCUACUUUGUUUUAUUUCUCUUGGCACCUUAUAAAUUGCAAAAAAAAAAAAGAUUUUGCUCUUUUUUUGUUUUAAUCAUGCUUGCUUCUUUCUUGCUUUGUCAACUGAAAGAAUCAGCCCCUUUUUCAAUGAGUUAAUUUAACUUUUUAUCUCUUGGACUUUUUUUUUUUUUUAACACAAUGGCUACAGCCUUGGGUCAUUUUCAACUACUGUAUUUCUUUGAUGAGUUGAUUGAUAUUUAUGCCUGAUAUUUAGACUUUUCUUAUUUGUUGAUACUAUUAUUAUUUAAAUAUGCCUAUAUUAAAAAAAAAUAUCAGCAAUUGCCUUUUUUUGGUAGCAGCCAAAGUCAAAUUUCUCACAUUGAAAAACGCUGGAAUAACGAUGGGCAAAAGUGACCUCUGAAUUCCCUAAAAAUAUUGUUUACAAUUACCUUGCUCUCAUUUUACUCAGCUUAGGUCCUCAAAGGCAUUGAGGUGCCCAGUUCCUGCUGGAAGGCACCAAAAUCCCUGGGAAUUUCUGUCCCUUUCCAAGUGGUGGAGUCAUCUCUCCCUCCUCCUCCUUUGUCACCAGUGGUGACCCUCAGGAUCAAGAAUCAGGACAUAGAUACUUCCUAAGGCAAAUUCAAUAUUCCCUAAUUAAAUACCUGCCCACUGCAGGGACAGCACACAGGGAAUGGCUCCCAGUGCCAGAGGGCAGGGCUGGAUGGGCACUGGGAAUUGGGAAUUGUUCCCUGGCAGGGUGGGAGGCCCUGGAAUAGAAUUCCCAGAGCAGCCGUGGCCGCCCCUGGAUCCUGGCAGUGCCCAAGGCCAGGUUGGAGCAGCCUGGGACAGUGGAAGGGGUCCCUGUCCAUGGCAGUUUUGGUGGAUGAGCUUUAAGAUCCCUCCCAACCCAAAGCAUUCCCUGGUUCUGGGAUUCCCAGGGCAAGGGGGAAGUCCUGGCUCUGAUGGAAUCGGGGUGAGAUUUGCUGCCAGGAUUUGUGUGCGGCACCAAAGCCACAUUCCACUCUGCUGGCAAACACGUCCCUUCCUGGAAAGCUCCAGAAAAGCCAGGGCCAGGACAACCCUUCCACUUGCAUCUUCUGGGAGAAGAGCAGGGGUGUUUAAAGCUGAUGUAGCCAAUGUUGUGCCCUGUAGUAAAUCUACAAGGGUUUUACUAGGAGCAGGUUCAGGAGCCGUCACGGCCGCCCAUCGCCCCAGCACAAACAUAUCAGAUGUCACUGUAACGUUUUUGGCACUAUUUUAUUGAGGGUUUGCUCUGAAUGCAGCUCUUGUACUACUCCUGAACUCCAAACUGCUGAUGUUGACACGUGUGAGUCCCAAAUGAGCUGAUUAUUAUUUAAUGUACCUCUCAAACCAGAGAAACAAUUGCAGGUCAACUCAAGAGAGUAUUUGAAAGCAGGACUUCAGAUCAGUGUUUGAUGUUUAAAAAAAAAAAAAAAGUUAAAAGGAUUCAAAUUAAAAAGAUCCUUGGCUGCAGGCAGCAAAACAGCUGGACUUAUUUAAAACCAUUUGUUUUUCAAGUUUUCUCUUUUUUUAUAUAUAUAUAUGAUUUUGCUUCUUUGUUUGAGUUGGAUGCAGUAGCACUUUGGUACUGAAAAGAAUCGAAGAAUUUUCACUGUCCAUGAGGUUGUUUUUGUGCAGGAAAUAGGGAGUGUUUCAAGAGAUCUCAGCAAAAGCCCAGAAUGUUUCUGUUAAAAACAUGGUCUUGUGCUUUUAAUGAAAUAUCCUUUCUAUUUCCAGAGUUUGCUCUGAAAAAAAGACAGAAAACAUCCAAAUUUUACCAGAAAUAAAUAUUGAAAGUUUGGAAACCCUGCUGAAUACAGAAAUACAGAGACCCCCACAGCUGUAGCAUUUCUAUAGUUGGACUCUCACCUCUUCAGUACCCUAAAAAGAAAGUCCCCCAGCACUGAGCAGUAGCUCUGUUGCAGAAUCCAUUCGGCACAUUCUGUGCAAUUCAAGCCCUAAUUUCUUACAGCUCUCAAUUAAAAUGGUAAUUGAUUACAGCUCUCACAUCUGCCUUGUGACUGGACCACCAAAGUUCACAGAGCUGGGAGUGAAACACAGCAGGGAUGGAGAGGAGAGGAGCUUGGAGGAGCCAGGAAGGGCCAGGUGACCUGGAGAGGGAAUUUUAACAAAAGCAGGGAGCGACAGGAGGAGGGCAGGGUCAGAUGGGAUAUGUGGAAUAAAUUCAUUCCUGUGAAAUUUUUGAGGCCCUGUCACAGAGUGCCCAGAGAGGUUGUGGCUUCUCCAUCCCUGGCAGUGCCCAAGGCCAGGUUGGACACUGGGGCUUGGAGCACCUGGGACAGUGGGAGGUGUCCCUGCCAUGGCAGGGGUGGCACUGGGUGGCUUUAAGGUCCCUUCCAACCCAAACCAUUCCAUGAUUUGAUGAUUCCAUGAGUUCAGCCCAGUGGUAGAAGUGAGGUUAGUGUGGCCACCAAGGUGAGCCCAAUGUGGUCACCAAGGUGAGCUCAAUGUGGUCACCAAGGUGAGCUCAAUGUGGCCACCAAGGUGAGGUUGUUGUGGCCACCAAGGUGAGGUUGUUGUGGUCACCAAGGUGAGGUUGUUGUGGUCACCAAGGUGAGGUUGUUGUGGUCACCACAUUGCCAGGCCUGUGGGACACCUCCUUUCUGCCCCAGGACUGAAACCCACCCACCCUGGAAGCUCAAAAACCAGGGAUUCACAGGAACAGGGAGCUGGAAACUCUGAGACCCUAAAUCAAACAUUUCUGUGCCUCUCCUUUGUCUCCACUCAUGCUAAAGGUGAGAAUUUGGCUCUCCCUGGUGUGAACAGGAUGAGGAAAUGCAGAACUGGCCACCACCACUUUUCCCCGUGUCCUUACUGACACUUUUCUGCAAUUUCUCAGUGUUUUCCAUGUUUUUAUUGCCAGCAACCAAAUUUUGGGGUCCAACCUCUCUGGGUAUGUCCAGCACUGCAAAGGAAAGGAAAAGCCAAGUUCGUUAUCCCUGGCAAUUAAUCUGUUUAAUUACUCACUGUGGGUUUCAGUGUAUUCACUCACCAGAAACCACACUUUACUCAAAUAUUUGGUUUUGUAGCCAUCACUAAGGAUGGCAAAGUUUUUCAAGGCUGUGAAAAUGCUCUCAUGUCUUUCCUCUUAUAUUUUAAGAGCACAUAACAGGCAGAAAAAAAGAUAUUUGGAUAAAACAUUUCCCCCAUGCCCAUCUCCAAAUUAGAGUGCAAAAAUAUCUAUUUUUAUAUGGCUAUAAUAUAUACAUUUAUAAAAUUUUAUCAUCCUGGGUGCUGUAUGGAAUCAGAAAAUUAGAAUUCUUGUGCUUCUGGUCUGGAGCUGCAGUAAGCAGAGUGCUUUAGGUACCUCAAUCCUCCCAAAAUUCAGCUCCUGGCUGUCCUUACUCUCAGCUUGGGUGCUCCUUUCGCAAGACACAGCUCAAACAUCUUCGACAUAAAUUUUGCUGGCUCUGAGGACAAAUAUUUCCCUCUCCAACGACAUUUAAAGUCAUUUAAGAGUUCCUGCUGGCUCCCAGGGCAUUGAGAGGAGCUGUAAUGCAGGGAGAAGAGGGUGCAGAGAGCAUCCCUGCUGGGAAGGGUUUGAUUUGUACAAAUUCUCCACCGGGAAUGGAGAGAAAUCCUCUCCUCCAAACAGCCUUUGCCAAAACACCCCCAAUUUCCUGAGCUCUUCAAACAUUCGCUGCUGCUUCCUGGGUGCCCUUUUCCGUGGCUGUGGUUGAAAUUCAGGGAGGAGUGGAUGCGUUUUCUGUCCUCAGAGCAAAUCUCUGCCCUGUUUUCCCGCCUCGUUCCAUUUCCCGUUGGGUUUUUGUUCUCCUCACUGGGUCAGUCCCGACCACUGGGCUUUUUUCUCCUUGUCCUUCCAGGGUUGCAUCCCCACAGUUACUUGUAUUUAUGUCUGUAAAUAGAUUUCCAAAGCUUCCUAGCCAAAAUAUUUAGUGCUUGUAAUUACUCUGCAUUUUUCUGGUUUUUGGUUUGUUUUUUUUUUUCUGUGUUUUUAAUGAACUUACCUUUGUGUUUGCUGAAAUACUGUAGUGAGACUUAUUUCUUUUCCAAAUUAGUUAUUUUUAGGCUUCAAGAGGAACUACAUUUUAUUCACUUUUGUAAACAGUUAUAGCAUGGUCUCUAUCCAACAUCCUUCACUUUUUUGUGGUAGGGGAGAAACAAACGUGCAAAAAAAAAAAAAUAAAUCUGUGGGUUAUUUGUGGUAUUUGGGGUUGGACAAUCCCGGCUCUUUUUAAAACCAAAAUUUCAGUGUGAGGUGGUGAGGCUGAGGGGGGACACAGCCCCAUCAGAGUGGCACCAAAGGGAAUUUGUUCAGCAUUUUCUGGCCAUGUUUACAAAACAUUUUCCCUUUCACACUGAACUUUUCCUGAAGGGGAAACCAUCAGCUUGGGGAUUUUUCAGAGGGAUUGAUUACCAGGGACUUUUCUUCC